AUGUCGGAUUUGGCCGCCUGCAAGCUGCGUUCGGUGGCCAUCGACAUCAACUGGCUGACGACGGCGAUGACUCAGGCUGAAGGAAGGUGGGGGCUGGGCGGCUGGCAACACCGCCGGCGGGAGGAAGGUGGUCACCGGCGAUGUGCGACUGUGUGUGUCCCUGCGAUGAGAGAGAAUUGUGAGUUGGGUUCAGAGUGUGUGUUUGUGCGUCAAGAACAAGUUCUUGACCCCUUUUCCUAUCGGAAAAUCAAGCUCACCAAACCCAUUACAACCCUUAUCCCCAACCCCAGCCGCGGCCGGAAAAACCACACCACCGCCAACCGCCGCAAAUUCAUGGCCUUCGACCUCCACGUGAACCUCGUCCUUGGUGAUUGCGAGCGGUGCCGCCAAUGGCUUACCCUCAUCAGCCGCCGCAGGUCGUCAGGCUGCCGGUGGUGGCUCCUCCACCGGGAAGAUUCCCGCCUAUGCUUCAUCCGCCCCAGUUCAGGCCUGGAAUUCCGCUGCAGCUAUCGGGUGGAUUUGCUCUUCUGCCUCUGUUUGGACAGAGGCCGCAAAUCUAGCAGUGGUUUGGAUGACUCAAUGGCGGGAUUGAAUCUCAGGGAGAAUAGGGUCGAGCGAUUUGGUAUGGUCCGCCUCAGUCCACGCGAGCCGACGUUCGCCAUCACCGAGAGCCGCCCCGUACGUCGUCGGAAUUCACUACAGAAGGGCCGUUACGGGGAACCUCAGUCCAUUCGCAGCAAUCCGUUCGUCGAGGAGUUCAAUUGCAAGAAUGAUGCAAGAAAAAGGAAUAUGUUCAAAUUUAAGCAAUUACGCCUUUUACUGAUGAUUCUAGAACAAGAUGCUUUGAUGUUAUCCAAUCUAGCCCGUUUUCUGAAGGCCGGUAAGUAUGCCGAGCUUGUCGGCGCUCGAGCGCCGGUGUAUCUCGCUGCUGUUCUGGAGUACCUGGCUACGGAAGUUCUUGAGCAGACUGGAAAUGCAGCAAGGGAAAAUAAGAAGACAAGGAUCGUGCCUCGGCACAUCCAGUUGGUUGUGAGGAACGACGAGGAGCUGAGCAAGCUUCUUGGUGAUGUCACGAUUGCCAAUGGUGGAGUCAUGCCCAACAUUCACAACCUUUUGCUCCCGAAAAAGAUUUGGAUCCUCAAAGCCCUCGGCUGAUUAGGAUUAGAUUGGUAUUCAAGUGAUAAGUGGAUCAUGAAUAUGAUAUUGAUAGAAGGUUUAGAUCUUGUUCUUCUGUUUCCUUAUAUGUUAGUUUCGAUUGAUUGUUUUCUUUUCAUUUUGAUGGUUUUAGAGGUUUGUAGGUGUUAUGUUAGUUUUGAUUAAUUGUUUUCUUUUCAUGUUUAUAUGACCUAUAAUCACUCUCACAUUAGUUUAUAUGAGAUUUAAAUGUUUUUAAUCGAGUUUAUUCGCAAAUUGGUUAUGAACUCGAUACACUAAUGAGAAAACACUACUAAUACACUUCAUUUCAUUGAAUUACACACUUCAUCUCAUAGAAUCAUCAUACGUGACUACUCA